GGACAGAAGGGUAAUUUCAAAGGGGGAAGUUAAAAUGGAAACAAGGAACGAGAUGUUUUCAAAGAAAAGAUGAGAAUAAGGUGUAGAAGAUUAAGAAUUGUGGAAACUUUCUUUUUCCAACCAAUUACAAUUAUAAAUUAAUAAAUAUUAAAGAUGCAGUAUUAAAGUAUUAUCUAUCCUUUUUAACGCUCAAGUUUCUUUUAGAUUCACUACGAUUCUCGUUUAUUUCGAAUCAUCGGUGUAGAUACACGUCGAGUGAAUCUUCGAAUGGUCGAUUCAAAAACUUUUCUUCAAAAAAUUGGGAAAACAAGGAGUAGCUUACUUUACAUCUGCGAGAGGAGGAUGCAUCGAGUACGUGUCGUCCAGGUUAGCCUGGUAUAGACCAUCGAGGCGAGAGCUGGCCACGACAACGGUCUCGUUGGGCGAUGCGCACCCCGGGUUCAAGGCCAGCCGUGGGUAGGAGACAGAUCGUCGCGGAUAAGAGCAGCAAGAGAGGCCGGAGUAAUGCGACCCACACAGAAGAGGGCAAGCAAUCAAGGAAAAUGGGACUCGUUCGACGGACGAAGCUGCUUCCCAGCCGAACGAUGGCUCCCCUGUUAUCAUUGCUGGUGCUCGCAGUAUUGCCAAACGUGCGAUUAGAAUCGGCAAUCAAUCCAGUGAGUAACGUGGGCUCGGUAUCGAGCGGUUCCUCGUCGUCCUCGUCUUCCUCCUCCUCCUCGUCGAUGGUGGGCGGCGUACCUGGCAGUGGCUCGUCUUCCGGCAGCAUGGUAGGGUCUGGUAACAGCGUGGUCGGGGGUGGCAGCAGCGGCGUUGGACACUCGUCCCUAGGCGGUGGAACGGGAGUGAAUGGAAACGGGCGUUGCGAGGAGAUCACGAUCCCGAUGUGUCGAGGGAUCGGGUACAAUCUGACGGCGAUGCCCAACGAAUUGAAUCACGACAAUCAGGAAGAAGCUGGGCUGGAGGUGCAUCAAUUCUGGCCGUUGGUGGAGAUCAAAUGUUCCCCCGACUUGAAGUUCUUCCUGUGCUCUAUGUACACGCCGAUAUGCUUGCCCGAAUACACCAAACCUCUCCCCGCUUGCAGAAGCGUCUGCGAGAGAGCGAGGGCCGGUUGUGCGCCGUUGAUGCAGCAAUACGGAUUCUCCUGGCCGGAGAGGAUGGCGUGUGAACGAUUACCGGCCCACGGUGACCCAGAGAAUUUAUGCAUGGAACAAGACAACCAUACGAGCAGCACCGGAUACGGAUCCGGUAACGGAGGAGCAGCGAGCAGCGCGCCUUUGCCCGCAGCACAACCGCGCCCGACCAGGCCGUCGAAGACGACCCAACCACCGCGGUGUAGGCCAGGGAAAAAUCAAAAAAACUGCCAGCAUCCCCCGGGGGAAAGGGCGAGGGAUUGCGUGUGCCGGUGCAGGCCACCCCUCGUACCCCUGGGGGCGGGGGGCACGGUCAUUCCGGGACCGAUAAGCGGCAGCAGCACCGGAAGCAUAGGCAACGGGGCUGGGCUGGCAGGCAUGGCCGUAAGUGGGGUCAUACCGGCGCCACCGAUAAGCAUCGCCAGGAACAUCAUUCAGGACAUUGCAGGAGUACCGAAUUGCGCACUCCCGUGCCACGGGGCGUUCCUCACCUCCGAAGAACGAGGGUUCGCGGCCGUGUGGCUGGCUCUGUGGAGCGGCCUGUGCGCCGCAAGCACACUCGUGACCGUCACCACGUUUCUGAUCGACACCCAGCGCUUCAAGUAUCCUGAGAGACCGAUAGUGUUCCUGUCGGCCUGCUACUUCGCCGUCUCGAUCGGCUACCUGUCGAGGAGCGUGUUCGGCCACGAGGAGAUCGCCUGCGAUGGAUUGGCACUGAAGUCGAGGGCACAGGGACCGGAAGCCUGCGUGGCCGUCUUCCUGAUGAUCUAUUUCUUCGGAAUGGCGUCUUCGGUCUGGUGGGUGAUCCUGGCGUUCACCUGGUUCCUGGCGGCGGGUCUGAAAUGGGGGAACGAGGCGAUAGCCUCGUACUCCCAAUACUUCCAUCUAGCAGCGUGGCUAGCACCGGCGGUCCAAACGUUCUCGGCGUACCUAGCCGGGGGAGUGGCGGGGGAUCCGGUGGCAGGAGUCUGCACGGUGGCCCCGGAUGGGGUGCGGUCGUUCAUUCUGGUGCCGUUGUUCGUGUACCUCCUAUUGGGAACGAGCUUCCUUCUGGCGGGUUUCGUGAGCCUGUUCAGGAUCCGUUCGGUGAUAAAACGUCAACCGGGGGCGAAAGCGGACAAAUUGGAGAAACUGAUGAUAAGAAUUGGCGUGUUCAGCGUCCUAUACACCCUACCAGCCGGGGUGGUGUUGGCCUGCCAUAUGUACGAGACGUCGUUAAGAAACGAGUGGCUCGAUUCGCUGGCGUGCCCCUGUCGGCCAAGAGCAAGACCUCUCUACUCCGUCCUGAUGCUCAAGUACUUUAUGGCGCUCGCGGUAGGUAUCACGUCAGGCGUGUGGAUCUGGAGCGGCAAAACCGUCGACUCGUGGAAACGUCUGUGGAGGCGCUUGUUCAGCGGCGGAAGCGGCGGAGGCGGUCACGGAGGCGGUGGAGCAGGUAUGGUAGCAGGCGUGACAGGCGUCAGCGGAGGUAUCGGCAGCACCAGCAUCAAGGGCGUAGUAGGGCGUGUAGGAGUGCCGUAUCCGCCAGCUCCGGGGCCCGGAAGCGCUCUACUCCCCCCUGGCAGCGUGGCCAGCGCGUCCCAACAUCAUCUCCAUCAUCACGUCCUCAAACAACCCCCCCUGUCGCACGUAUGACGUCACCAGUCGGCGGGAGGCGACAUGAACACCGCGGGCUGCGAUCAGCAGCAGCAACAACAGCAAUCGGUGCAACAAGAGAGGCCUUCCGCCCUUAGUAACUACGGGCCCAUUUAGCCCUUCGCCUCGGCCUCGCGCAGGCACACGCCGCACACAGCGCCCCAUACGGCGCCACACACGCCACACUCGGCGGCCACGAUAUAUUCGAGGAGGUCGUUGGCAUCGACCACAGGCCCCCUCACUCCAGCGCACGGACUCGCGCCUUCUUACACCCAGGCGACCGAAGUAUGAAUCGAUCUCUGAUAACGAGUUAUUCAUCGUUGUUACGACGUUGAAACAAAGGGAGGAAAGGGAUCGGAUAGAUUCGUGCGUUUCUCGGUACCUCCGUGGUGUGGCUGUUUACGACGCGUGUCGAACAACCUCGUCGACUCGCGACGGUGCUUCUCGAUUACCCAAUAUACGUAUUAGCCCGUACGUGUCUUUUCCGUGGGUCUCGAAUCGUCUCUUUUGUAGUUUUUACAUCAUUUCUUAACCUGUUGUGUUGUAUCUUGUAGAUUAACGGGUGUAUCUUGUAUAUCCGAUUCGAAGGAAAUUUUCUAUAUAUAAUUGGAGGACGUGAUUCGAAUUGAAGCGCGGAAAUAACGUAUCAAACUUCAAAGCGUCGACACUAGAGGGCUACGAUUCGGAAAAUGGCGCUCGAGACCGGCUGGUGUAGUGAGAUUGUGAUGUAAGUGCGUGGAUCGAAUGUAGUGCAAUGAGUGAGUGAGUGAAUCGCGCAAAUGGAACAGCGUGCAAGAAAAUUCUCUCUUAUUCGUAUCUAUCUGUAAUCUUUCUUACUUAUAUACCGUAGCGGAACUCGUAAAGUCCGCAUGUCCGUCUAACGUGUAUCGUCUCGUCUAUUUAUCUAACCUAGCCAUAACAGAAGUAUAGGUGUAAACACGGACUUUCUAUAGAUGUCGUUACUUAAAGGUUACGGCGGUGGUCCGGCAUUCCAAAGUGCGUGUUUUUUUGUAAUUUCAUACGAUUUUUUAGUCAGAGCGAGCAAAUGUCGGUUUAUAAGAAAAGGAAGGGUCGACUGAUCAUCUCGAGCGAUGAAAGUACUCAUAACCAUGAAUACAGGCUCACCGCCGUCGAUCGUAUGAAGUGCGACGAGCAAGUGUAUAGCGCAGACGUAUAAGGGAAAGAAGAAAAAUGUGGAGAAUGAAGGUAACUGUAAAUAUUAUUCUUAGAUUUUUAGAUAAAAAUGCUGUAAAUAUAAAAGAGAAGUGGAACAGAAACGAUCAUCAAAAAAACGAUUUAUCGGUCGACACGAGUGUUGUACAGACGCGAGCAUUGCGCAGUCGCGGUAAUGGCGCGUUCCUUUUUACGCAUAUAUUGUAAUUCGUAGUCCGUGGAGCUUUGAUAUUCGUUUAGUAUCUUUCGAAGAAAAUCUUUCGUCGAUGAAAGACACGAUGUAAAAAUGUGAAGAAAUCGUGUCGAAAACUUGGUGCAAUGAGUAAUGCGUAUCAAAUAACAAUACCGUAAAAAAAGCUUCGAAGGAGCCGCUAGUCUUGCCGCGGGCGAAGGAACGCGUCAAUCGUGAAUGCGUCGAGAAGAGAGAAAAUAAAAAACGUGUGCUUACGGUAUGUAUACAUACGUUAAAACAUGAUUUCGGAUGCCGAACAUGUCUUUUUUACCGCCGAACGAAAGCCCCCCUUAACCUUUAUCGUUUUAUAUAUAUAUAUAUAUAUAUAUAUAUAUAUAUAUAUAUAUGUAUGUAUGUAUGUAUGUAUAUGAUAUAUAUAUAUAUAUAUACAUACGCGUCUUGAAUAUAGCUGACAAAAAAAGAAGUGCAGAGAUUCCGAAUAAGAUUUGUUUUAUAUCUCGCAUGGUUUUCUGUCUUUAAUGGAGACUUGAAUCAUGCAUAUACGCACAGACAUAUACGUAACAGACAUAUACCUACAUACAGAUUCACAUACUAUCGAUACACGCAAAUACACUGUCAUACAUGCUCGCAUAUCAUCGUAGAAAAAAGAACAUGAAAAAAUUCUGUGUAUUCUGAGAUUAAAUUGUAGGUAAAAUGGGGGAAAAAAUUAAGACAAAUUAAGACAAAUUAAGACAAAUUAAGACAUACACAUCUCAAGUGUUUUUUAUAUCCGCGCAAUAGACAAGUAGCUGUUGACAGAGUGCGAAAUCGAAUAAAUAAAUAAAUCGUUAAGUACAUAAAAAUAUAUAUAUAUAUAUAUAUAAUAUAAAAUAUAUAUAUAUAUAUAUAUAUAUAUAUAUAUAUAUAUAUAUAUAUAUACGAUCGUGGCAUAUACGAGAUUUCAUUACAAAGACGUGCGUGUUUCUGCGAUGUAAUGUCGAUAUUUCACAAUUUUUCUAAUCGUUGGAGGAAAAAGGGGAGGACUAGAAGGAGAAAUACAAUUCCCGAGACCGCAUCUCGUGUUUCAUUUCUAUUCUGUUCCUUUUCACGGGACAUUUCAAAAGUGUGACUGUGUGAGAUGAAGAAUUCUUUCAACAACUAGCAAGAGUGAAACAUCUCGGUUAUGUACUUUUUCUAUUUCCACUUCGAUGCUUGCCUUUUUUAACAGUUGUUGGAAUUUUGCGAACGACCCGCGAGAUGUCUCGUGAGUGGUGCAGGUGGGAACGUGAGUGCACGCGGAAAAAAACGAGAAAGAUAUAUGUAUAAGAAAUGAAAAGGAACGGAAAGAAACAAAAGGACUGAAAAACGAUAACUGCCUCAAGCAACUUAAAAAAAAAAAAAAAUAAUAAAAUCACAAUCCGUAUCGCAAUCCGAACGGGUUACCCCUGCCAAACGAAAACGUACACGUGUAAUGUUGUAAAGUAGUGAGAGUAAAGAACCUUUAGUGUCACAUAUCACGCCAAGCUGUUACGAGCGAAAACGGACAAUGUCGCGUUCGUGAACGAUCAGUGAUGUUGGAAAGAGUGAGAAAGCAUAAUGCGAUGGAAUGGGAUGAAAUGAGAUUGUCGAGAUGGUAGUAGUGAGAAGAGAGGAAAAAAGGCGGGAGAACGAGACAGAGGGGAAAGAAAAAGUGAAAGAGUGCGCUGCUAUCGCAAUGGCAGAACGAUUGAUGCGACGAAAAGAACGAACGCGACGUUAGAAAAACGAAAGAAAGGAGUUUAUAACGAGUAUUUGUAAGCCACUUUUUGUCACGAUGAUUGUCAAUAAAAUGGAAAAUACUGUGUGUAACGAGUGUGUUCCGGAAUUUCAUCCAUCAAAUUGGUUCACGAGGUAUGAUUCUUUUAUUUUUUUUAUUCUUCAAAUUUUUAUAGCAAGGAAAGAUAUAUUUGGAAUUUCGAAAUAGUCGUAUCUCCCUCUAUUUUUCUUUUGUACGUUUUCCUCGCUCAGCUUUUAUAUUCUUUUUUCUCGAAAAUAUAUGAAUUCUCUUGUUUGAUUCGAUUCUACGUUCGACCGCCAUUUUUGUACAAGUUUUUUACGUUGCCAUAGUAAUUAACCGACGACCGAUGAUCAUAUCGUUAUACAUAUGCAUAUAUUGAAAUCAAAAUUGUAUACGAUUUUUAAUAUACUUUAUUAUUAUUUAA